AUGACCGAACAACAACACCUCGCCGAAGGGUAUUGGGGUGCUAUUACAAGUUCUGUUGACUGGUGUGAGGAGAAUUACACUCAUUCGUACUAUGUUGCCGAGUUCUGGAAUUCCGUAUCGAGUUUAGCGAUGGUGUUUCUUGGCGCCCUUGGUGUGGCGUUACAUCACCGAAGCUUAGGAUGGCGUUUAUCUUUGAGUUAUCUAUUGAUUGUUGUUGUGGGCAUUGGAAGUAUUCUUUUUCAUGCAACCCUACAAUUCGAGAAUCAAAUGUGGGACGAGGUUCCUAUGGUCUGGACAGCUUGUUAUCUAUUCGGGCUCUUGUUGAAUGAAAAUGGAUAUCGUGGGGCGGUGUACCCGGUGGCCAUCAGCAUUUACUGUGCCUUUGCAACUUACGUGACCAGUCAGUCAAGUGGCACUAUGCAAUUUUACAUGUUUCAAUCAUCAUUUGGAUGCGUCAUGUGGAGCUGCCUAUGGUUCGUGAGCAAAAUGUACCGCGCUGUUCAAGAUAAGGAGAUCACCAAGCUCUUUCAUCGAGGAGCACAGUUCUUGGCCUUAGCGUUGGGUGUAUGGCUAUUCGACAAAAACAUGUGCCACGUUUAUCAUGAGUACAACCUAUUCAACCCACAACUCCAUGCUUGGUGGCAUGUAUUGAUGAGCUCUAGUUUGCAUUACUUGUAUGUGGCCUGUGGACAUGAAAUGGCAAGAAAUCAAGGCUUGGAUCCAUAUAUCGGUUACUUUGCUUAUUUUAUUCCAUACGUGAAGAUCAAGGAAAAGAAGAAAUAA